AUGCUGUUUCCAGCGAGUCGUGUGGUGGUGGUCGUGGCGAUCGCAGCCUUGAUCGUGACCGCGUCAGCCGCGUCGUGGUGCGGGGUCGUCGAAGCCAACACAGACUUCCAAGGCAACGACUUGACCUCUGUGCCCGCGGCCUCCGCUCAAGAGUGCUGCCCCCAUUGCAGCGCCAACCCGAGCUGCACCGGGUUUGCCUACGCCUGGGGCACGUGCUACCUCAAGUACGGCGCCUUGGUUCGCAUUUCAAAAGCCGGUGUGAGUGCUGUGGCAACGUCUACUGGUGUCGGAUCGUGCACUGCCAUUGAAGCCAACACGGACUUUCAAGGCAACGACCUGGACACUGCUUCUGCGAAUUCUGCGCAAGAGUGCUGUCCGAUCUGCAGCGCCAACCCGAGCUGCACUGGGUUUUCCUAUGGAUGGGGAACAUGUUACCUCAAGUACGGCCCGCUAGUUCGCGUCUACAAGCAGGGCGUCAGCGCCAGCGUGGUCAAGCCAUCGCAAUGCGCUCAACUCCAACCAAAUGUAGACUACAGCGGUAACGACAUCGAGUGCACGCCGUCCAUCGUCACGCCAGACGCGUGCUGCGCCAAGUGUGCGGCCAACAGCCAGUGCAAGCUGUUUGUGGUGUCGAAGUUUGGGUGCUGCAUUAAGCACACCGCUGCCAAUCGACAAGACAACCUCGACCCUUCGUGGAACGUCGUCGCUGCCUUUCGGACGUCGUCGUCCUCGCCGCUGACCGUAGUUGACGCCUCGACGUCGCCCGACGUGCGAGUGAACAAGAUUGCGUUCUCGUUUGUUGCGGGCGCGCAAUGGUUCCCCGCCACACAAUUGGAGUCGACCUCUUUCCUGGAAGCAAUGAACGCCACGAUUUCCCAUCACGUGCAUGGCUCGGCACCUGAGCAAUUAACUGUGUCCAUUCAAGGUGGCGCCAACACCAUCAUGCCGUUCACGUCGGUGACAUCGGUGGGGGAAUGCGCGGCGCUUGUGGCGGCCCAUGGCGAAUCCUUCUUCACGUACUUGCCGGACAACGAGAUUUGUUUGGGCCACCAGUUCCUCAGCUCGUCCGCGAAGACCCUCCUUCGCCAGCGCGCUACAUUGCUUCCCACGUCUCCCGUUGUAUCGGUGGCGAAGACAAUCCCCGUCGACUUUGCCCUCUCGUCAUCGGUGAAUGGAGCCGACGACAGGGCAUGCAUGGCGGCGUGCGAAGCAUCGACGCCAGCAGCGACUGCCUGCGCUGCAACCACCCGAUCGUCGACAACGUGCACGUUGUUCGGACCGCUAUUGUCUCGUUCCACGACGACGGUUGCUGGAUGGCUGACGUCGCCGUUCGUGGCCACGGUCAAACCAAACCUGCCCGUGUUUGCCAACCCGACCAAAGUGCACAUUUACACGACGGCACAUCAAGACGACCACGAACUGUUUAUGGCCAACACGUACCACUACAGCAUCGCUGACGCAUCGACGAAAGUCGUGUUUGUGUACACGACGGCUGGGGACGACAAGGACGCGCUCAAUUCGUGGCGGAUUGCUCGAGAGCGAGGGACGUUGGCUGCGUCGACGGCGUGGGUGGACAACAUUGGCAAGUUCAACUCGAGUCCGAAGACCGAGACGGUGACCAUGUUGAACCGCAAGAUCGCCAAAGUGACUGUUGGCAACAUGGUGCAUUACUUUCUUCGUGUGCCAGAAUUUGGCCAAGACGGACAGUCGGGAUUCAUGGAGCUCAUGAACAACGUGCGCCCCGUCGCUCCCGCGGACGACCCGUCGAAUCCGUAUCCCAACCGCAAAGCAUUUCAAGACGUGCUGACUGCGAUUUUCAACGCUGAAACCAACGGUAUCAAAACCAUCCAGUUUCACGCGCAGGACCCUCAGGCAGAGGGCCCUGACCACCCUAUGCACUAUGCGUCGGGCCAACUCUCGUCGGACAUUGUGAACGCCAACGCAAAGUGGAAAACGUGUGCACCGCAGCACUACUAUUACGACUACCAGCGCUGGCUGUGGGACGUCAACGUCGAUCGACCGGUCGUGUACGAUCUCCAACGGUACGCCUGGCUGCGGAUGAGCCAAGCCAUCUACAACACCAACUCGUCCGUGAUUUUUUGGUCGAUACACUCAGAGAACCUUGGCCGUACGUACAUUCGCCGGUCUAUCAACGCAAACGCCGGGCCAUGCUGAUUGAUACCUAACGUAAAUGGGGUGGUAAUAUGACACCUCGGAUUGUCUAUGGGGA